AUGUCUGCCCUCGAUCAGAUCAAGAACUACACUACCGUCGUCUCUGACACCGGCGACUUUGAGUCCAUUGCCCAGUUCAAGCCCACCGAUGCCACCACCAACCCCUCGUUGAUCUUGGCUGCCUCCCAGAAGGCCAACUAUAGCCAUUUGAUCGACGAUGCUAUCGCCUAUGGAAAGAAGGAUGGCGGCUCCAUCGAAUCCCAGGUCGGAUCAACCUUGGACAAGCUGCUUGUCAACUUUGGUGUGGAGAUCCUCAAGAUCGUUCCCGGCCGUGUCUCAACCGAAGUUGAUGCCCGCCUCUCCUUCGACAAGGAGGCCACCAUCGCCAAGGCCAAGAAGAUCAUUGGUCUUUACAAGGACGCCGGUAUUUCCAAGGAUCGCGUUCUCAUCAAGAUUGCCUCCACUUGGGAGGGUAUCCAGGCUGCCAAGGAACUCGAAUCCAAGGAGGGCAUCCACUGCAACUUGACUCUUCUCUUCUCCUUUGCCCAGGCUGUUGCUUGUGCUGAGGCCAAGGUCACCUUGAUCUCGCCCUUCGUUGGCCGUAUCCUUGACUGGUACAAGGCCUCGACCAAGAAGGAGUACUCCAGUGCUGAGGAUCCCGGUGUUGUUUCGGUCUCCAAGAUCUACAACUACUACAAGCAGCAUGGCUAUGACACCAUUGUCAUGGGUGCCUCUUUCCGCUCUGUUGGCGAGAUUGAGGAGUUGGCUGGAUGUGACUUCUUGACCAUCUCGCCCGCUCUUCUGGAGGAGCUCCACAAGUCAGACAAGAAAAUUGAGCGCAAGUUGAGCCCUGAGCAGGCGAAAUCGAGCUCCCAGCAAUACCCCAAGGUCAGCUAUAACGAGCCUAGCUUCCGCUGGGAGUUGAACGAGGAUGCCAUGGCGACCGAGAAGUUGUCUGAGGGUAUCCGCAAGUUCGCUGCCGAUGCCGUCAAGUUGGAGAAGAUCCUUGAGGAGAAACUGUCGCACUAA